AAAUAAUAAUAUAAAAAGCAGUAGUAUUUAUUCUCUUGUUUGAAGAAAUCAGUUAUUAAAUUAAUUAUAAAACUACUUAUUAUAUAUAUUUUGUUGAAUUCGUUAAAAAAAAAAUUACGUAUAAUUUACUUAACUGAUUUCUUCAAACAAGAGAAUAAAUACUACUGCUUUUUAUAUUAUUAUUUUUUUUUUUAAUUGAAAAAUAUAAACCAAUUUAGUUUACAAUCAGAGUUUAGAGAAACUGUCUAUGCAUGAAAAUAUUAAUUAAUAAAAUUAAUUGUAAAAGUGUGCGGUAUACUCAAGGGUAUACAGCUGUAGAUUUAUCCUCUUGUUUGUUGAAAUCAAUUAAAUUAAUUAUAAAAUUACUCAUCAUAUCUCGUAUCAUAAUAUAUAUUUUGUUGAAUUUAUUAAAAAAAAAUUAUGUUUAAUUUACUUAAUUCAAUUUCAAAUAAUUUCUUGAUGAAUAAUCUCCUUCAGGUUAGGUUACGCCGAGCUUGGAAAUAAGCGGGAACAAGGGGAAUAUAAGUAACUUGUUCCGCCUUAUUUUCUAUUAUUACCCUGAAGUUAAGUUUUUAGCGUGCGGGGGCCGGGGGCCCUAUAGCAACGAAUAUAGACUUGGUAUAGAAGGAAGGUCAGUAUUGGCGCCGGGGUCCCAUUUUUAAAUACACGGAGAGCCUAUACUACACUAUAGCUGUCCCCCAAGUUUUCGUCCCUUCAAUUUAACCCGUGACCGUUCUUCUAUACCAAGUCUAUAUUCGUUGCCUAUAGUCAGGGACGUAUAGUAUACAAAAUACCAUUUCCAAACAAAAAACAAUGAAUUAAAGAUAAGGCUACAUUUUAAAUUUAAUAACAAUAGCAGAUACAAAUAUAAGUUAUAUAAUAGCUGAAAAAACUAUCAAUGUUCAUAAUCACAACUAUAUUAAAACAUGAGUAAUAAAGAACGAGAAAAUAUUAUUACUUUAAACAAAAACGUUUCUAAUGAAUCAAAUCCAAAUGAUCAUGAUAUAACAGGUGCUAUAUUUCUUGUUGGAGUAACUGGUAUUUUCUUUUUUAGCGGAUUUAGUAGUUCUCUAGCAACUUUAAGAAGAAAAAGUCCAAAAUUAUUUAGUAAAGGAUUAUAUAAAAAUGAACAUUAUAACGAUACAGGAGCAGAUUUAGCUUUGCGAGCACUUAAGUGGGGUUCAUUUUAUUCUGUAAUAAGUUGCAGUGCUAUAUUUUAUGGAAUAUGGAAAUUGUCUGGAGCAUCAAGUUUUAAGGAAUUUCGAUGUAAAAUGAAAAAUAUACUACCUCAAAUAUCAAAAGAUCCUUCUCUACAUGAAACAUAAAUUAAUCAUGUACAAAAUAAAAAUUGAUUAUUUUAAAUCUUA